ACCUAUUGUGAAUUAAAGAAAUUAUCAAAACAUAAAGCGAUGAGUCAUUGUCAAUAAGCUUAGUACUUUGCAAGACCGCGGUUUGUGGAAUAAUUCCAUUAGACAAAAAUUACAAGAAUGGACGGAGUUGUGGAAUUAAGUCAUUUAUGGAUAGGAAAUCUUAAACCCUUCAUGUCAAAAGAAUAUCUACAAGAGUUAUUUACUGGUAUGGGUUUCCCGUUACUUGAUGUGGUUGUUAUAACAAACAGAGUACUCGGCGAGCCACUUUAUGGUUUCCUUCAAUUCAAAACUGUGAAGGAUGCUCAAACUAUUUUGUACGAAUAUGAUAACAAGCCAAUUCCUGGCGUUAAACCAGUAACUAAAUUUUUCUUGAAUGUUUGUGGCAGUGUUGUAGAAGAUCGAAGACCAUAUUUUGGAAUAUGGAUGGGUAAUCUUAGAAGUGAAAUUAAAGAAUGCGAUAUAGAAGAGCUAUUUGUCGAAAAACAACUAAAUUUAAAGCGCUUUUAUUUAGUAAAGAAUAAUUGUGGUAUAUCAAAAUGUUACGGCUUUGCUGAAUUUGAUAAUCAACAAGAUAAGCAGCAAGCUAUUAGUGUCAUAAAAGGUUACAUUGGAUUUGGUCGAGAUGGCAUGCCUUUAGUUAUACGUAACGCGGCAGGGGCAAUGCAACAAGUAUCUUCUCAACCAAAUAUAACAUUUUUCACUUUACGAUUAAGAAAUGUUUUGGGACGAACAAAGGAACAAGACCUGGAUGAUUUCUUCUCUAAGAGGUUUGCUUCAUACGUAGGCGCAAAAUUACCGCGUUCGGAGCAUAAUACUCCAAAAGAAUUGGCUUUUAUACGUUUUAAAGAUAAAAGCGAUUUAAACGCUGCUUAUCAAAUGUUAAAGGAAACUCCACGAUUUGGUAAUAAAAACGGACUAAAGCUCAAAAUAGUAGACAACACGCCAAUGGAACUGCAAACUAAUAAGUUAACAUUAAAAAGUCAAGAAAAAGGAAUACAAAUUUUAAUAAAAGAAUUGAAAAAAGUUCUUGCUGAGGAAGAAGUUGAAGAGAAAGGUAGUGAUAAAGAAUAGUAUUUUACUGACAACACUCCAAACUAAAUAAUAAUUUAACACAAAAGUUAUAUAUUAAAUAACAUGUGAUAUAAAUAUAAAAGACAA